GUUUAUUGCGGAAUAUUUCGCGUCUAGUGCAUUCCGUUUGAUCUGCCGUUCAUACAACAAAAUAUCAGGAAUAAUAAGCCCGCUGUAAUCAAGCUAUUUGUCGAGCAUCGGACAAGUCGUACAUCCUAUUUGAUAGUUUUGCCGCUUUGAAACUGUGAUGGUUAUUGAAACCGGAGGUUGCAGUGCCAGGAAAUGAAACAAAAGUUUUGUACCGGUGCCGAGUAAACUUGUGACUUUAGAGGCAAAAAAGAAAAAAAAAAAAGGAGCAUGGGUUCAUUGCCCGGGAGAGACACAGAACAUCGACGGUGGUUAGUGGUUGGCACUGUUCUACACAGAGUUCUCAUGCCUCAUCUCAGAAAUAAGAUUCAACAGGAUAUGACGCCAUUUUACAAGAAUUUGGUGGCAAGAUAUGCCUUAGACAAGCAAACCUAUUCAACUCACCAGAAAACCAUUCCACCGAGUACACUGAAGCUGAACUACGAAAGUAUCAACAAUAACAUCGCCUUGGGUCGAGACACUCGUCGCUUUGACUACUGUGUAAAAGAUGAAGUGUCAUUGGCUAAGUUGUUCGUGAAACCUUUCAUAGCAAAUUUCACUGCAUUGGAUACUUCUUUUGAUGCCUCAGCGGCUCUGGCUGUUCUUUGCUGUGCUCCACCAUUCAGCUCUGCGGCACCGUCAGCUGAACUUGUGAGAUCUGAAGUACGAAAUGAUUGGGCCCAUUGCGACUAUGCGUCAUGGACAGAAGUGAAAUAUAACACAUGUUAUGAUCGAAUGCGGACCUUGGUUGAGGACCUAGGAUUUGCCCCAGCAGAGAAAACAGAGCUCCUAGGACAACUGCAGUUGUGGAGGAAGCAUGGAUUAGAGUUCUGUGUCGGUAACCCACUUGAUGACACUUUCCUUAAUGUCAUACGUGAUGAGGUUCAAGUGCUCUCUGGGUUAUUGCCAGAUUGGCUGGAAAAAACCAAUGACAGUAUCAACCAGGUACGUGAUAUGCUUAAGUCUGUGCUUGACAAAAAUCCAGCAAGCAUAGAUUUCAAAGUCAAGGAUGAAGAACAACCAAUAGGACAAGAACUGAAAGAAGGGUCUAGAAAUUCAUUACAAGUCAUGUCGCCGAUGAUACCAAACUCUUGGGAUGCACUUCUUUCAAGGGAUUUCAGUGCUUCCCCAGCACAUUACAGAUCGGUACUCAUAUUUGAUGCACCAGAUCGGAACAAGUGGUUUACAGGAAGACAAAAAGAGUUGGAAUCGCUUGAAAGGUGCUUCGCUCUACAUAACAGCUGCCACAACUUUAGGAUGGCGGCCAUUUGUGGCCUUGGUGGAUGUGGAAAAACAACCUUAGCAGUUCAAUUUGCUUGGAAACAUAGAGCAGAAUACGAGGGAGGCGUACUUUGGUUCUCCUUUGAAGAUGAAGAGAAGUUUAAGAGCUGUGUAAAUGGCCUGGCCUUACGGUUACGAAUGAUGAGAAACUCCUUUGAUUUGACACUGACACAAAUUCUCACGUUUAUUUCUGAGCGAAAAAAGCGAUGGCUAAUGGUUCUUGACAACGUCGACCAACCACUUCUUUCUAAAAAGAUGCGUAAAGUUUUGAUAGGUAUAUGGAAGAGGCAGUCAAACGGCCACAUGUUAAUAACAACUCGACAUGAAAGAAAAGAAAUUUGUGAAUGUGUUGAUCUUGAGCCACAUGGUUGCAUAGAAGUAUUCUCUUUUGCUAUUGGUGAAGCAAAAGAGUUUCUUCGAAGUCGUUUAGGCAGUGAGAGAGCCGCAGGCCAGGAGGAUACGCUAAAUGAGCUAGUUGUUGAGCUUGGUUGUCUUCCCCUUGCUUUAGAGCAGGCUGGUGCGCAUAUAAAAUCCCUUGAGUGCACUAUAAAUGAAUAUCUGGAAGACUACAAACGCGAACGAUUACGACUACUGAGUGAGCAUCAGGCAAAUCCCUCUUGGGAAUACGAGUCCCGUAGUCGUCUUUCGGUCCACACUACAUGGCUUUUGAACUUUGAUUACGUGAGGAAAUCAAGAUUUGGAGAAGUUGCCACCAGGUUUGUCCAUACAACUGCUUUCCUUGAUCCAGAUGAAAUCCAUGAAGGACUCAUCAGUGCAGAGCUUCUUUCUCCUGAAUUUCCUACUGGAAAAAAGGGGGAACAUCUUCUCAUAAAUAAACAGGUAGUAAAAGUUUUGACCAAGUAUUCACUUUUCCAGAGAAAGUCUGUUGGAUGCAUGAGAUUACAUCGCGUGGUUCAGCAAGUUAUUCGUGGCAUGAUGACAAUCCAAGAAAUUGCGAAAGCAAUGUGCACAACAUUUCAGUUGCUAAAGAACGCUGCCUCAUCGUGUAGUGAGUCAACCACAGAUAUACCUAUUUUCUCCAUUAUCCGUCACUGGUUGUCAUUAAAGAGACAUGUCUUGCAGCAGAUGCCUAACUUUAAAGAUGCACUUGAUAUAUCGCGGGUUGAAGAAUUGGAGGAGUUGAUAACAAAGGGUGCCGAGAAAAUUGUGUUCGCUGGUACUCUUACUCCAGGAAAGCAUUCCUUAGAGAAUUAUCGUCGAUUGUCAGCGUUGCUCGAUGGUGACUUCGACAAGUGGCUAGGUGUACCAGAGAAGGAUUAUCCACCAAAAAAAAAGAUACCUACAAGUUCUGACCCUCUCAUUUUUAGGAAAAAGGAAGAUGGUGUUUAACCUGAGAAAUAGAGGUUUCUGCCUGGCUGGCUAUGUUUUAAGGAUCCAAAGACGCUUUCCGUCAUGUAACGAAUUUCAGGCCGGGAUCGAUACUUGUUAAGUUUAUCGCUGUCGGCUUGGAAUAUUUCUGCUGCUAGAGUGAGGUAGGCAUUAGUAUUGUGACACUCGAAAACUAAUUGAACUUGUAAAUUUUAAUUUCUUAUUAACAAAUGGUAAACACCACAGCGUACACUAUUUGGUUAUGGAUG